CGACACGACACAGCUCCUCCCAGUCCGUCCCAAUCCACUCCCCGCACGACACCCCGCUCGUUCCCCAACAAGCAGCAAGCAACGCAUCUUCUUGCCGUCUCGUGAUGAUGAGCGGCGGCGUCAGCGGCGUGGAGUCGUCCUCCUCCUCGGGGAGUUGUGGUGCGGCGGGGGUGGCGCCGUUCGUGGCCAAGACUUACGGGAUGAUGGACGACCGGGCCACCGACGGCGUCGUCGCGUGGGGGCCCGCCGGCAACAGCUUCGUCGUCGCCGACCCCUUCGCCUUCUCGGAGAUGCUACUGCCCGCGCACUUCAAGCACGCCAACUUCUCCAGCUUCGUCCGGCAGCUCAACACCUACGGCUUCCGCAAGGUGGACCCGGACCGGUGGGAGUUCGCGCACGCCUCCUUCCUCCGCGGCCAGACCCACCUCCUGCGCCACAUCGUCCGGCGCCAGAGCAGCAAGCGCGGCAAGGAUAGCAAGGAGGAGGACGACGACGACGGCAGCAGCAGCGCGACGGCGCUGGCCAUGGAGGUGGUGCGGCUGAGGAAUGAGCAGAGGGCCGCGGAGGAGCGCGUGGCGGCCAUGUGGCGCCGGGUGCAGGAGACGGAGCGCCGGCCCAAGCAGAUGCUCGCCUUCCUGCUCAAGGUCGUCGGCGACCCCGACGUGCUGCACCGCCUUCCGGGCGAGGGUGCGGGCGCGGGGGACAAGAGGCCGCGGCUGCUUCUGGACGGCAGACAAGAGCAGAGGAUGUCCGUCGACGGCGCGGGGGUGGGGGUGGUCGGGCUGUCGUACCACAAUCACAGCAACCUGAACCUGGAGGAGGCCUAUGUGCUGGAGCCCGGCGUGGACUUGUACUGCGCCGGAGGCGACGCGCAGGCGGACGGCGGCGGCGGCGGACACCCGCCGUACGCGUUCCACGUCGACAGCGGCUACUGAGUACUGACUGCGUGCGUGAACGCUGUCUGUGUGUUGGUUCGGCAUCUGUAUUGUACUGUAUUUCGAUUGUAUUUUGUGGCUCUGUGGAAAGAGAUUUAGGCACGUGCAGAUAUAUAUAUAUAUAGUCAGCUACCAGUCAGUCAGUCAGGUUCUUCGUUGGGUGUGCACCCAACUGACUGACAGUCACUGACUUGUGUAGCAUUCGGCUGUACAGAGAAGUUGUUGGAAUUUUGCUUGAAGAAAUAAAUCGGAUUUUUCCUAA